AUGAAGCUCACGUUCAAAGAUCUGAAGCAACAGAAGUUUGUUAUCGAUGCAGAGCCAUCGGAGACGGUCGGGCAAGUGAAGGAGAAGAUUUCUCAGGAGAAGAGUUGGGAAGUUCCUCAACUGAAGCUUAUUUACUCCGGAAAAAUCCUGCAAGAUGACCGAACCAUCGAAACGUAUAACAUCGAGGAGAAGGGCUUCAUAGUGUGUAUGGUUUCUAAGCCCAAGGGUUCGUCCUCCACGGUCACUCCUUCGCAAGUUCCGUCCACACCCUCAAGAGCCGCUGCCUCGACGCCAGCUGCACCUCCUCCCCCUCGGGCUCCCCCUGCGAACACUUCUGCCCCGCCUGCCCCCGCGACUCCGUCUCCGGCUGCCGCCACUACCACCCGGUCGCAAUCGUCGUUCAGUGACCCCUCCGCACUGUUAAGUGGUUCCCAGAGUGAGCCAGUUAUCGCUCAGAUGGAGAGCAUGGGUUUCCCGAGGUCUGACAUCAACCGUGCGAUGAGAGCGGCGUUCUUCAACCCUGACCGUGCUAUUGAAUAUCUUUUGAACGGAAUUCCAGAGAGUAUCCAGCAGGAGCAACAGCAGCAACAGCAGCAGCAACAGGCUGCCGCUGCCGACAUUGCCGACACGCAGGAGGCACCUGCUACUGGAGAAGACGCCCCCCCUCUCCCCGCCGGGGCUGAAGAGCCAGUCAACCUCUUUGAAGCCGCUGCUCAGGCCGGUGGCCAAGAGGGCGGACGUGGAGCUCGCAGCGGAGGUGCUCCAGCAGCUGGUGGUGAACUCCCCAACCUUGAUUUCCUCCGGAACAACCCACACUUCCAGCAGCUGCGACAACUGGUCCAACAGCAGCCGGCGAUGCUCGAGCCCAUCCUCCAGCAAGUUGCCGCUGGCAACCCUCAAAUCGCGCAACUUAUUGGACAGAACGAGGAGCAAUUUCUUCAGCUUCUUGGCGAGGACGACGAUGCCGCGCUGCCUCCCGGCACGCAUCAGAUCCACGUGACGGAGGAAGAAAGAGAUGCUAUUGAACGUCUCUGCCGUCUCGGUUUCUCGCGGGAUCUGGUUAUCCAGGCAUACUUUGCUUGCGACAAGAACGAAGAGUUGGCCGCGAACUACUUGUUCGAGAACCCCGACGACCCCGACGACCUAUGA